AUGUUUUCCCGAACCCCCCGCCUCCUCCCCCACUCCCACAGACCGGCACUGGUAUUCAAGCAAGCAACAACACCCCUCCCGUCCCUAGCCACAGCCAAAUACUCCAGCAAAGAAUCCCCAACACACGCCUCAAAUUCAAUUCCGAAGCUGGACAAGCCCACACAAUCAUACCCUGGUAUCCAAAGAUCUGGGCUUCCGAAUCCAGCGCUGACAAACACCCUCUCCACGAACGCCCCAGGCAGCCUGCAGGAAGCCGGCUUCGCAAAUGCCCCGCCAAAACUCCUCUCUUCGACCUCCGAGGUGGCUAGAGAAACAAGCCCACGCAAACACAAUGACCCGGGCCCCGGCCUCGCUGGUUCCUUCGGUGGCUCGGCUCCCGAACUCUCCAUCGGCGAGCUAGCCUCCACCGCGGGAUUCCGUAUCGAACCGCUCCCCCGCAUGGGCGAAAGUAUACGUAUCAAGCGCUCCCGUCUCCUCUACCAAUCCCGCAAGCGCGGCAUCCUUGAGACUGACUUGUUACUGUCUACCUUCGCGGACGAGAAUCUGGGAAAGAUGAGUAUGGCGCAACUAGAUGCGUACGAUAGGUUCCUGGACGAGAAUGACUGGGAUAUAUACUACUGGGCGACGCAGACGCUCCCGGCUACUGGCGUUGGGCACACCGAGGGGGCGGGUAAAGAAAUGGCCAGCGUGAGCGCGGAGAGGGGGGGGGAGGAGGGGAAGACGGAAUACGGGCAAGGAGAGUGGGCGCAGACCAUUGGGAGGAAGAAGGAGCCGUAUAGACCUCCACCCAAGAGGUGGGCGGGAAGUGAGACGUUGGAGAUGUUGAGGAGACAUGUCAAGGAGAGGUCUGGUGGUGCGGAUGGCGGAAAGGCGAUUAGGAGGGGGUUAGGGAGGAUGCCGGAUGUUAGAGAGUUCUAACAUGUGCUACUUUGUCCCGUGGUGCUGGAGAUGGAAAAAUAAGAGCCGGAAGGUCGCCUCUUCGCUAUUUAAGGCCCCGCUUUGUAUAGAGCCCACCGGCACCGCGCUCCAUAAUACGCGUCUACUGACAGAAGGUCAUCACCAAUCACUCGUUCAAUUAGAAAAGUGAACUCUCAGCCUCUCGCCCAAUCGGUCAAGCGUGGGUUCAUCCAGCAACGGCAAUCACAUCUGACAGUCUCGGAGCAGCCAUGGAGGUUCCGACUUUGCGAUCCCGUUUAUCACACGAGAGCACUGGCCCCUCCGACGUCCACCUCGUCAUUGGACACCACACGACAAUAAAAGCUACGUACGGCACGAUAAAAUCUCUAGAGUGGGCAGCUUGGCAUCAAUUCCAAAUUCCCAAGUCCACACAUUUCACAUUCUUAUCCAAUCCAGACCUGCCGGCCCAACCAGCAUUCCAGAAAAUCACCCAUCGUUAUCAUGAAUUGGCCGACCAAACAAGAGUAACCAUACGGUUCCCAAUUUUAUGUUAACACCAUCCAAUCCCAAACCACAGCACA